UGAAAGUACUUUAAAAAAAGGAAAAUCUGGUCAAAUUUUCAAGAGCACUAACUAAGGUAACGUAAUUUGAUAUAUAUAUUUUUAAAUGGUGUAUAUAAUCUUCGUCCAAUUUCAUUUUGGAAAGAAUUUUGAAGUUUGAACGGCUUGAAAUUGAAACAUUGGGAAAGAGAAGCAAAAAUGAUGCACAUAUUUAUCGUUUUUUGAUCCUACAUAGCAUUAUUAUAGUUUAUUUCAUACAAUAAUACCGCUAAAUCAUAAGAAUAAUUUCUAAAUAUCCAUUUUGUGCUGAUUUCCGUGGUCGAGCCAGAAUGCACGCUCCCGCUUGGCACUAGUGCGCGUGUCCGCCACCCCGCGUCGCCAUUUUGACUCGAAAAAAUAUGACUGAGUUUUUCCUGCUUUGCAUGCUAAACUUAGCUCCGCGUUUGGAUAACGUCCGAAUCAAACGCGUUCCGUCCGAAACGACACCCACCGGGGCCGUCGAUGCCCGACAAUCUUCCCGCGGCCCGGUAACUGCCUCUCGGAGGGGAUUUUAAAAGCCACGUUCUUGACUUCACGUCGAAGGCUAACUUGAAGCUAACAGGCAGACUGCCGUACUGUCGCAGGCUGGUCGUGUUCUUCAAAACAAAUCACUAGACAAGGCUCAUGCAUUCAAGCUAACGUGGCUAAUCGUUAGCUUGGGGGGCAGUCUAGCAACUAAGGGGGGAGGGAAAAAAACAGCUCCCGUAGCGAUUGAAAGCUACGAGAAAGAAGAAACAACACAAGGGAGAUAUUCAAUAAAAGGUUUGUGUGGGAAUUUCGACUAUACGCCUAGAAAGACAAUUCCAGGUUAUGGUGUGCCUCCCAGUGUCCCAUCUCCUAAAGAGGCCUGUGUUUUAAAAGGAGACCCAUGCUGAUAAAUGCCAGGCCUCGCCACGCUUUCUGUCUACACGAACACAAAUGCCUGCCUGCCCGCCAGGGAGGUCUGAUUAAAGAUAUCCGCAUUUCAUUCACUGGGCUGUGUUCCCCAUCUCGGCGGCCACCAUGUUUUGGAAAUUUGACCUGCACACCACCUCCCACAUCGACCAGCUGCUGGACCGGGAGGACGUGACGCUGCGCGAGCUGAUGGAGGAGGACGACGUGCUGCAGGAGUGCAAGGCCCAGAACCGCCGCCUGCUGCUCUUCCUCUCCCAGGACCACUGCAUGCAGGAGCUGGUGGGGCUCAUCACCACGGAGCCGCCAGCAGACCUGGAAGAGAGGAGUCGCUUUAAGCUUCCCAACAUUGCGUGUGAGCUCCUGACCUCAGAUGUGUCCAUCAUUAACGAUAAGCUGGGUGGAGAAGAGUCUCUCCUGGAAGUACUGUACCACUUCCUGGAGCAGGAUCCACCCCUCAACCCGCUGCUUGCCAGCUUCUUCAGCAAAACCAUCGGCAAUCUCAUUGCCAGGAAAACGGAAGAGGUGAUCACCUUUCUCAAGAAGAAGGAAGGCUUCAUUGGUCUAGUGCUGAAACACAUAGAUGCGUCUGCUAUGAUGGACUUGUUGCUUCGUCUCAUCAGUUGUGUAGAGCCAGCCCCCUUGAGGCAGGAGGUCCUCCACUGGCUGAAUGAAGAGAAACUAGUUCAAAGACUCAUAGAGCUUAUCCAUACUGGUAAAGAUGAGGAAAGACAAUCAAACGCAUCCCAAACACUUUGUGACAUAAUUCGCCUUAGCCGAGACCAGGCCAAUCAGAUGCAGGAGAACGUGGGGACUGACCCCCUGUUGGCUGUGCUAGAGUCACAAGAAACUGUAGCAGGACUUCUCAAGAACAUGUUUGAGGGCGAGAAGAACGAGGCUUCCAUUGUUAAUGGAACUCAAGUGCUACUUACCUUACUGGAGGCCAGAAGAUCUGGGCUGGAAGGGCUGAUGGAUCUGUAUUCUCAGGGUUUUGAAAGGUCUUACACUGUUAACUGCAGUAUUUUAAAUGCCAUUGAGCCCCAUUUAAAGGAUUUCCAGCAGCUUCUUCUGGAUCCCCCAAAGAAAGGUGCAAUAUUGACCACCGUUGGCGUUCUCGAUCAGCCGCUGGGGAACGCCCGCCUUCACGUGGCCCGAUUGGUGGCUGCUCUCCUGCAGACCACUUCCCCCAGUAUCUGCCAGGAGCUCUGCGACCUAGGCACCAUGGACCUACUACUGGAUCUGUUCUUCAAAUACUCGUGGAAUAACUUUUUGCACUUCCAAGUGGAGCUCUGCGUGGCGGCCAUUUUAAACCACCCUUCAUCGGAGGAGCGACCCAACCCAGGCUUGCAGAACCAUAAUGGACAGCAGGCGGCGCCGUCCCCUGAAACUAACGCCGAGGUGAUAGAGUCAGGCGGGGCCGGUGACCCGCAGAGCUCCCUCCACAAUACCCUCGUGGCACAUCUAUUCCAAAAGUGUCGAUUGGUACAAAAAAUCCUUGAUGCCUGGGAGGAAAAUGAUAAAAUACAAUCUGAAGGUGGCACCAGAAGAGGCAACAUGGGUCAUCUAACCAGAAUUUCCAAUAUGGUGGUCCAGAAUCUGGAGAAGGGACCAGUACAGGCCCAAAUUGCUGACCUCAUUAAAGAACUGCCAGAAGACUGCAGAGGUCGCUGGGAGAGCUUCGUGGACGAGACUCUGAGAGAAACCAACAGAAGGAACACAGUAGAGCUGGUGAGCACGCACAACAUGCACUCGUCCAGCGAGGAUGAUGACAUGGAGAGCCCCUUCCCCAACGACCUGUCCCUCCAACAGGCUUUCUCUGACUAUCAGAUCCAGCAGAUGACCGCCAACUUCGUAGAUCAGUUUGGAUUCAACGACGAGGAGUUCAGCGAACACGAAGAAAACUUCAACCCCACGUUUGACAGAAUUGCAGAAAUAAACUUCACUUUAGAUUCUGACGAUAACAGUGCCAACGCAGCUGCUUUCGAGGCCUGUUGUAAAGAGAGGAUACAUCAAUUCGAUGACGCUGACGAGGAAGAAGACAUUUGGGAGGAGAAAGAGAUCAACUAUGCAACACAAGCUAAAUCCAGAACAAGGUUUGGUGUGUCCCAAACGUCAGAAGGAAGCUCUCGGAGCAGCCUGGAAAACGGCGGACAGGAGCAGGACUGCGGCUCGGAAUCUGACGAAGAGGACGAUUUUGAGCAAAACACAUCGGACGCAGGUCCUGGCUGGACAGCAAAUUUCAGGGACUCUGAUGGUAUCACGGCAUCCCAGUCUCCAUCAGGGUGGGACGCUCUGCCCCCGGGUGGUGAAAACGAGAACCAGGAAACUGGCUGGGCCAAUUUUACGGCGUUCCAGCCAUUCUCAAGCACAGAGACGGAGCCCAGGUGCAGUUCCCCAGCGGACGCUGGUGGCAGUGACGCCGAUCAACAAGCCAAACAAAACCACGAGAAGGGCGACGCCGCCUCUCGGUGUGUGGGGCCUUCGGGGGAUGCCGCCAAAGCUGCUCCUCACGACGGCGAGGAAGUCGCCGCCAUAGCGGAAACAGUCUUCUCAAAACCAGCCUCUGGCAGCAAGACGGCUGACCUCCAAAGCGAGGAGAGUCCCGUGUCCUUGGAAAAACUAUCUCUGACAGAUCCGCCCGAAUCCUCAGAGCAGCAGCAACAACAACCCGAGGAAUCGCCCAUAACCACACAAACCGAAAGAGUGGAGACGCCAGCACCCCAAGAAGUGGCCGUCAACGGACCGGUGUGAGCGCACGCGGGAGUGCCGUCGGCUAACUGUAAGCCUCCUCAGAGUGACUCCUUUCAAAAUCAACCUCAGUGCGACUGCGUUUUUACCGAAUCACUCUGCCAUGUUAUUGGACCUGGACACUGCCAAUCGACACCAGUAACGAGGCUGCGGAACAUGUACAAAAAAAAAAAAUUAUAUAUAUAUAAAUAUAUAUAUAUAUAUGUAUAAAAACAGAAAAGGAGGACAAAAACAGGACAGCGUGUAGAU